UUGGACUCACUAGAAAGCAGACCGCAGGCUGGAAGGUACUGGAGAUCAGAGGCAUUAUGAAAGACCUCUACGUCAGAGUUACUACCAUAGUUAUAGUUGUAAGUCUUUGCUUUACAAGAACAGCGACAAACCCAUCAAGAAAAAGCAGUAUUGCUCUCAAUUCCGAGUACCAGUGGGAUGGGUAUCUCCUGGCAAACUGUUGGCCUUCUCCAAGACACUCCUCACAGAGAGCAGACACCAUGGAGGUGAGCCUCCAUUUCCUUCAAGCCCUCUCCCAGUCUUACACAAAAGGAGAGUGGCAAAUAAGACAUCUGGACCUCAGGAACCACCGCAUAUCAAAAACGACCCUCAGGCCUUGGGCACAUGUACAUGCUCUGGAGACGCUUAAGCUCAGCGACAACACCAUCCGCUGCCUCUUGCUGGGUCUGCCCCCGCCCCGCUCCUCCCAGCAAAAGCGCCCCAGAAGCAGCUCCCACCGCGGAUGCCCCCGGGGAAAGGUGCUGAUUCUUCAAAGAAAUCCACUCAGUGCUACUCCUAAAGGACUGUGGAAGCUGAAGUCAUUGCAGAGUCUGGAUCUGUCAUUCAACGGGAUAGUUCACGUCGGGCUGUCUGAUUUCCAUGGCUGCCUGCAGCUGAAGACCAUCUAUUUAAAGAAAAACAAGAUACGCACGAUCCACCCAGAUGCCUUCAAAGGGCUCAAAAAAUUACAGGUGGUAGACCUCAGAAGCAAUGCGCUGACCACCCCUGUACCAAUUGUGGCCAUUGUUCUAGAAUUGCCCCACCUGAAACUUGACUUGCCUGAUAACCAGUCACUAUGUGGUGAGAACAAUGCCAGCUUCCAAAACAUCACCUCUGUGUCCUGGAGGGAAAAGUGGAAUGCCAUCUGCAAUAUGUCUGUGGGGAUGGAGAAACCUUAUCUGGAGACUCCUCGGAUCAGAAUCUCUAGGGACACACACCUUCCUCGCACGAGUGACUUGAAAAGCCUCAUCCAGAGCACAGCAGAGAGGCCCCAGGAAGGGACGCACACGCACCGCUCUACCCUGGGAAAGGAGGCACGGGUUGGCUAUGGUGAGCUCGAGGAGAUACGGCCACAGCCCUCCGUAGAACUCAGAGACUCCCAGGACGAACAUGUCACUGACAGAGAGGACGGCAAUCCCCCGAACCUUGUCCUGGCUGUCUGCCUGUCAGUGUUCAUCACGUUUGUGGUGGCUUUCUUCCUGGGGGUUUUUGCUAGGCCCUAUAUUGACAGAUUAUGGUCACAAGGAGGUCUGAAGAAAAGGCCUGGCUCAGAUAAUGCCUAUUCCAACGAGGGCUUCUAUGAUGACAUCGAAGCUGCCCAACAUGUCCAGCACCAAGGGACAGAGCUGCGCCAAGCUUCCCACCACCUAAAUCUUUACGAGAACCAGAACCCUUCCUGGCUGACAGAGCCAGUCCCACAUGGUGCUGUGUUGCAAAGGAUGCUGGGAAGCAGCAGAGUGGCCCUCAGUAGUCAGCAGAGCCCAGUGCCAUGCGAGAACAACCCUCGGCUGAGAAGUGGAGAUGGCAGCGUGUUCCCAAAUGGCCAUGCCGUCCACACUGCACUCCAUGGACUUCCAAAUACUGAUACUCACCAGCCGAGGUCAGCCGGGCAGGAUCGCGACGACGUUCUCAAAGAAUCACAUUAUGACACGGUGGCCCAGGAGUAUUCGUCCCUUGACGAUGUGAUGGAUGGAUCUUCCAUUGCUGGCCCUCUGAGAGCUUUCCCCAGCUCCAUCGACAAUGGGUGGGGUGAACUGCAACCGUCACGGUCAAGAGACGCUGUAGCUUCCUUCUCCAACACUCAAGGGGCUGGGAACAGUAAGGAAAGGGGGUGCCCUGAACCUCUGGGAGCCAUGGGCUCACAGAUGGAAUCUUCUGAGGAAAGGCAGGCAAGCAGUUCCAUUAGGGAGCUGGCCAGACAGCAGCCGUGCCUCCAGGAAGCCGAUGCUGAGGAAAGGCUUUCCAAUGUCUACAGUAAGGUCCUAUACGAUGACUCAGGAGAUAUAGACCUGCGCUCCCUUAUGCCGCGAUGGGGCGCUGGCCUUCGUGUCGCUCCUGUUCUAGAAGAGCCUGUGCAGGGAGACGCUCCUUUUGACCCUCAUUAUGAUUUGGAGGCCAACUAUGAGUCUGACUCAGAUGAGGGCUCUUUGUUUACCCUCAGUUCCGAGGGUUCUGAGGACAUGAGGGGCUUGACGGAAGAACAGGCAUCUGUUGAGAAUGGUGGGUCCAGUCAGACCCUCCCCAGCAGGACUUUGGAAGAAUACAAGGACAAUGUGACAGCAGCAGAAAGUGCUGAGGACGUCGCCUUACAGAGGACUCUAGAGAAAUGUGAAACUGGGGAAGCUCAGUUUGGAAACCCUCUCAUUUCUGGUCCAGACUCUUGUUUGUGUGAGACACACCUGGAAAGUGGCUCUAACUCCAUUGGCCCUGAGAAUAUAUCAACCUGGAUCCAAUCCUCAGGCCAUAAGCUGUCACAGCCUGAGACCCAAGGCACAUUUGGACAUGACAGUGACAUGGGGACCCAGUCUGAGUCAGCAAACUGGCACUACUCCCUUAGAGACCUGGAAUUACCAAAUGUGGAAAGUUUGCCAUCACCAUCAUACUGUGAUGGUGAUUCCUCAGAUUCUGAGGAGCACUCCACCAAUGAAAAGUAAACUCUGGUAAAUGGCAACCUCCCAUAGCUGGGGGACAGAGCUCUGUUGGUAGAGCAUUUGCUCGCCAUACAUAAAGCCCUGGCUUCAAUCCACAGCACUACAUAAAUAAUAUAAACUGGGCACAGUGGCACAUACUGGCAUCCCAGUACUUGGGAGACAGAGGCAGGAAACAGGCAGUGCUGUGCCCAGUUCACAACCCCCAAAAGACCAGGAAUAGACUCUGCUGUAAAUACAUGAGUUUUUUUUUUUUUUUUAAUUGUAUACGCCUUCGAACACAGGAUGCAAACUUCCUGUGGAAACAGGAGAAGAAUGCGGCCCCUCGGUCUAGGGGAACAAAGUUUUUAUAGGGCAAAACCGCAAUGAUUGGUCCACUUUAGGCGCCAAGACAACAGACAGUUCUGGCCUGGUCAUAUGGGUCGGUUUCCUAGCAACUGUAUAACUAGUGGGCGAGGAAAGAUUGCAUUAAGCUGGUUUCUUUUCCCAGGUGUCUGGACGUAUCUCCACUGGGCUGACCUUAGUUCAGCCUUGUGCUUUAAACUUUAAAAUAACAGCCACUGAUUUUGAAUCCUUUGGUCUCUUAGCAUGAGACUGAAACAACUUCUGCGGGGUGGGCAAUAGAAUGUUCUGGCAAAUGUGGGCCCUACUGCUCCAACAAUCAGCGCAAGACAGAUGUCAGACAUCUACAUGACAGGACCCAGCCUCCCACUCGGAUUCCAGGGUCACAUCCUCAACUGCAGUUACCCAAAUCUGCACAGUCAUCCUGGAGCCUAAACACCAUCGCUUUUCUUCACAAUUAUGAGCUCCAAAGUCCACCUGUUAGUCAACAGUAUCCUGGUGUCAGUCCAUUAAACCCAUUUUACAGUC